AUGUCGAGUUCCAACGGGAAAGGUCAGGCCGGCAGCACUGCGGCCAAGGCCUUCGAUGAGGGCGCAGCGGAUGCCAUGCCCAACGUAGACUUCUCCGAUGAUAGCAUCUCCGAGGCAGGCAGCAAUGCUACUACUGAUGGCGGAAGCUCUGCGAAGACCACUCAACCGGCGUCUCUUGAUGGCGAGCCUAUCGACGAGCGAGACACGGAUACAGGCGGCACGGCUGGAAAGGGCCAGGAGGCUCUGGGUGGAACGCCAGGCGAGACUGUGGAUGAGGCCAAAACCCAGGACACUGCGGGUGUGGGCGCUAUGGUUCUAUAG